ACAAACACAGGAGAGGACGAGACGACGGGGUGGAUAGAGAGGACAGCACCAUCGGAAACGAGAGGGAAUGGCCUCUUCGCCGCCGUCGCAACCGCGGGUGUGCGUCACCGGAGCCGGCGGCUACAUCGCCUCGUGGCUCGUCAAGCUGCUCCUCGCCCGCGGCUACGCUGUAAACGCCACCGUCCGCGACCCAUGUGAUCCAAAGAAUGCAUGUCUCAAACAGCUAGAUAUGGCCCCGGAAAAUCUCCAGUUGUUCAAGGCAGACAUGCUUGACUACGACAUGGUGGCAACUGCAUUUGUCGGGUGUGAGGGUGUCUUCCAUCUGGCCUCUCCAGUUCCCAUAGACAAGAUGGUUGAUAAAGAGAUAUGGUAUGCUCUUGCCAAGAUGGAAGCUGAAGAGAUGGCCCUAGAAUACGCGGACAAAAAUGGAUUACACGUCGUUACAUUUUGCUCUGGUGCAGUCUUUGGCCCUCUGUUACAGGCUGAUGUGCUCAAUAUCACCACCAAAUUCCUCCGCUAUAUCAUAAAAGGAGGUCCUGACACAAUAAAUAACAAAUUCUGGCCCAUAGUAGACGUUCGCGAUGUCGCUGACGCACUACUCCUGUUAUACAACAAGGCAAAACCAUGUCAGAGGUACAUAUGUUCAGAACACCAAAUCGACAUAAAAGAUUUGGUGGAUUUGAUGAAGAGCAUGUACCCCAGCUAUAACUAUGUAGACAAACUGGUUGAGGUGGAUUAUAAGGUCGGGAUGAAUUCAGAUAAACUUAAGAAUCUAGGAUGGAAACCGAGGAAGUUGGAGGAGACGCUUGCAGAUAGCAUCGAGUCAUACGAGAAAUCAGGAAUCCUUAAUGCGGAGGAGGAACCGUGUCGCGUUCCUUAUUUCUACCGCAUGCCACCUGUUCUGGAGUGAAUGGACACUGUUGUUCACCUACUGUUGUGGCAUGGUUUCUGCAUUUUGCUUGAAAGUUGAAACUUCACCGGAUGUGUUUCUUAAAACGCAAAUAAGACUCAUGACUUAACCAUGUGUAUAUGUUUAUCUAUCUUUGAGAUAUCCAAUUUCCAACUCUCAACGAAUGCUUCAUGGUUCAACCAUGCACUUAGAAAACCUCAAAA